CAUCAACAAUAGCCCCAUUGGUGACGUUCAUUCGAUUUCAGUGAACAAUCACACCUAGAGUAGAGUAUAGUAGAAUCAGCUGAGCUACACUCUGAUUCUGAUCAGGGGCGGGCCCACCUCAGUUCAAGGGUAUGCAUCUGAAUACCCAUUGUUUUUGGCAAAAAAUAUGGUAUAUAUAGUAUAUAUACAGUGUCAGUAUAAGAAAAAACGAAACUGGUACGCCAACGUGCUUGUUAAGCAUUUAUAAGCCCAAAACAUAGGCUGGCCCAGUAGCCCACCCUUUCCUCGAGUCCACACCUUGGCCCAGAAGCGCAUCGCACGGAUACAUCGUCGCCAAAAAAACUCGAUCGAUCACGAACCGGCACCUCCCCUCCGCUGCUCCGCCACAGCCGCCUCCGCAGAUCCCACACGAACUGGCGGAACUGCCGGUCCGCCGCCACAACCACUGCGCCAAGCGACCGCCGGGCAGCCGGCAGGGCUGUUGCCGCCGUCGCCUCGCGCGCGUGCGCACGGCGCGCCGCCGGUCCGCAGCGACGAACCCCUCGCUUCCUCUCCCUGCCUGCAUCCCUUCUGUCUAAGUUCUGAAUUUUCUGAUCGACAACAGCACAACAGACUGCAUUGAUCCAGUUUCAAAUACACAAGCACUGAUUUUGUUCUGUCACUCUGAUUUUGUAAGCAACAGGCACGGUUCUUCUCACCGUUGAUUCAGGAGCAUAGUUCGGCUCCUAAGUCCUAAGUAGGUGUAAAACAUGAAGAGGAAGAAUACUACUGAUUUGAGAUCUUUCUUGGAAGGAGUUGCUGCAAAAAAGAAAAAAAUCUGAACCAACAAGUGCUACACCAUCUUCCAAUGAAAGUCAGCUGCAGUUGGUAAUGUUCCAAGGGCAAAGUGGCAGUGAGACACACACAAUACCACCUGAACCUGAGAGAGCUCCUAACACAGAGUCCCCAAUAGCAGAAGAUGAUGAUGAAUCUUUGACUGUAGAUGGAUCUGAUUCUAUAGAUGAGGACAGUGAUGAUGAUAUUUAUGACAUCGUGCCUGAUCCUGGGUUGAGGACUCCUAUCUCAAGCUAUGAUGUUAAUGACCAAGAUUCGGUUAGAAGGGCCUACAUUGCAUUGGGACGAUGUAAACCAAAGAUGGAGAAGAAAGAUUUUCCGCAACAUAACUGCGGAGGUAAGCGUCGCUUCCAACCGGUUUGGUUUGAUGAGUACAAGUGGCUUGAGUAUAGUGUGGAUAAAGAUGCGGCAUAUUGUUUUGUUUGCUAUUUGUUCAAUAGUAUAGUGUGGAACAUGAACGCGAGAUUUCGUAAGCAUGUUGGUGAGGUCAAUAGUGCUCAUUGUGAAGCCGAAGAGAAAUAUAAUUUGUUCAUCAAACCUAAAGCAUCAAUCCGUGAGGCAAUGGCCUCACAAACCACACAGUACAAGGCUCAAUAUCUAGCUCGGUUGAAAUGGUCACUUGAGUGCAUAAAAUUUAUUUUGCAUCAGGGGUUGGCUUUUCGUGGUCAUGAUGAGGGAAAGGAUUCAAAAAAUAAAGGAAAUUUUUGAGAACUUUUGCAAUGGUUGGCAGGAAACUUUGAAGAAGUUAAUAAGGUAGUUUUAGGAAAUGCUCCACAAAAUUGUCAGAUGAUAGAUCACAAGAUUCAAAAACAGCUUAUUGGUUCUUGUGCUCAUGAAACAACAAAAUUUGUCAUAGAGGAACUUGGUGAUGAGUGUUUUGCAAUUCUUGCUGAUGAAUCUAGUGAUGCAUACCAGCAAGAACAAUUAGCUCUUUGCUUGCGAUUUGUCAAUAAAAUAGGGGAGCCGGUUGAAAGGUUUCUUGGUCUUGCCCAAGUUGCGGAUACUACAUCAUUAACUCUUAAAGAAGAAAUUCAGACCUUGCUUAUGAAGUAUCAAUUGCCCAUAUCCAAGGUACGUGGGCAAGGGUAUGACGGUGCUAGUAACAUGAAGGGUCAUGUUAAUGGUUUGAAGAAACUAAUUAUGGAAGAUUCUCCUUCUGCUUAUUAUGUUCACUGUUUCGCCCAUCAGCUUCAACUAACCCUUGUAGCUGUUGCUAAGGAGAAUAUUGAUUGCAAAUGGUUCUUUGGACACCUUUCAUAUUUGUUGAAUGUUCUUGGGAUGUCAUGUAAAAAGAUCUGCAUGCUUCGUGUUGCUCAGUCUGAAUAUAUGAUUGAAGCAUUGAAACUAGGUGAGAUUGAAAUUGGCCAAGGUUUGAAUCAAGAGAUGGGACUAGCAAGGCCAGGUGAUACGCGAUGGGGUUCCCACUAUAAAACGGUAAUGCAUGUUAUGUCUCUGUAUCCUUCAAUCAGGAAAGUUCUCUUUAAGCUUGGGAAAGAAAGUAAUAGUGCAGAGGCUUUAGGAGCUCAGACAAUGUUGGAAGUAUUUAAAUCAUUUGAGUUUGUUUUCAUGCUGCACUUGAUGAAUGAAAUAUUUGGAUACACAAAUGACUUAAGCAAUGCUUUGCAAAAGAGAGAUCAAGAUAUUGUGAAUGCAAUUGAUCUUCUUGAGUUCACAAAGGUACAACUGCAAGUUCUGAGAGAAGAUGCUGGAUGGAGAGAAUUCCUUGAGAAUGUCACUUCUUUUUGUGUGAAGCACAAUGUCAGAUGUGUUGACAUGGAUGGGAAGUACAUGCCUAUACAAAGAGCAAGAUCAUUCUAUAAAAAUGCCAUGAAUUACCACAUGUUUCAUGCUGAUAUGUUCUUGGGUGUCAUUGAUAGGCAACUUCGGGAGCUUAAUAACAGGUUUGAUGAGGUAAACACAGAGCUACUUAGAUGCAUGGCAUCAUUCAGUCCAGCCAAGUCAUUUUCUUCUUUUAAUAUUGAUGACUUGGUUAAGCUUGCUGGGUUCUAUCCUCAUGAUUUUGACUUUGAAGAAAUGCACCAACUUCCUUUUCAACUGAAUCUCUAUAUUAGUGAUGUGAAGAAUGAUGAAAACUUCACAAACUUGAGAAAUCUAGCAGAGUUAUCUAUGAUGCUUGUUAAAACAGGGAGGGAUCUUCGGUAUGAUAUUGUUUACAAACUUCUGAAAUUGGUGCUAGUCCUUCCUGUUGCGACAGCCGGUGUUGAGAGAGUCUUUUCAUCAAUGAACUAUAUAAAAAACAAGCUAAGAAGCAAGAUGGGGCAAAAAUACUUGAAUGAUUGCUUGGUCACAUUUGUCGAAAGGGAUUUCUUCUUGCAAGUUAAGGAUGAGGACAUCAUCACUCAUUUCCAGAGCAUCAAGGAUCGCAAAGUUAUCCUGUAAUUUGUAAGCUUUUUUUUAUCAUUUACUAUUUUCUAUCCUCUAUAUAUCUUAGAUUUUGCCAUCAUAUGUUGAACAAUUUUUUACUUCUAUAUGUCCAACAAUACCAAGUUAUGAUCAUUUUUUAUGAAUAU